GUCCCGGCCCGGGACACAAGAUGGCGGCAGCGGCGCUGGGGAGGGCGAGGCGGAGGCGGCAAAACGGGCGGUCGAGCAGAACGUGUGGCCGCAUCCCCUCGAGUCCGCUUCGGGCAGCUGCUGAUUCACGGAGUCCCCUGGGUCCCUGUCAACUGCAGUGCUGACCAGCCUACCCACCUGUGCUACGCCUUCCUGUGGGCCUCCCCCCUCUUCUGUGGGACCCCGUGACGUGGGUUCAAUCCAGCCAGAGAAGAAAACUCUCAUGCUAGUGUUGCAGACCCCAGAGGGUCCCGUGUGGGUGCUGAGAUGGCCAAUGAGAAUCACGGCAGCCCCCGGGAAGAAACCUCCCUUCUAAGUCACUCUCCAGGCACCUCCAGUCAGAGCCAGCCCUGUUCUCCAAAGCCAGUUCGCCUGGUACAGGACCUCCCAGAGGAGCUGGUACAUGCUGGCUGGGAGAAGUGCUGGAGCCGGAGGGAGAGCCGUCCCUACUACUUCAACCGAUUCACCAACCAGUCCCUGUGGGAGAUGCCCGUGCUGGGUCAGCAUGACGUGCUUUCGGACCCUCUGGGGCUGAAUGCAACCCCACUGCCCCAAGACUCAAGCUUGGUGGAAACUCCCCCAGUAGAGAACAAGUCCAGAAAGCGACAGCUCUCAGAAGAGCAGCCAAGUGGCAACGGAGUGAAGAAGCCCAAGAUUGAAAUCCCUGUGACACCCACAAGCCAGUCAGUGCCCAGUUCCCCUAGCAUCCCAGGAACCCCAACACUGAAGAUUUGGGGUUCAUCCACUGAAGAUAAACAGGCAGCUCUCCUCCGACCCACUGAGGUGUACUGGGACCUGGACAUCCAGACCAAUGCUGUCAUCAAACACAGGGGUCCUUCAGAGGUCCUGCCCCCACAUCCUGAUGUUGAACUGCUCCGUUCUCAGCUCAUCUUGAAGCUUCGCCAGCACUACCGGGAACUGUGCCAGCAGCGGGAGGGCAUUGAGCCGCCCAGGGAAUCUUUCAACCGCUGGAUGCUAGAGCGCAAAGUGGUGGACAAAGGAUGUGAUCCUCUGUUGCCAAGCAACUGUGAACCAGUUGUGUCUCCAUCCAUGUUUCGUGAAAUUAUGAAUGACAUUCCCAUCAGGUUAUCCCGAAUCAAGUUCCGGGAGGAAGCCAAACGCCUGCUCUUUAAGUACGCAGAAGCUGCCAGGCGGCUCAUUGAGUCCAGGAGCGCGUCUCCUGACAGCAGGAAAGUAGUCAAGUGGAACGUGGAGGACACCUUCAGCUGGCUGCGGAAGGAGCACUCGGCCUCCAAGGAGGAUUACAUGGACCGCCUGGAGCACCUUCGGAGGCAGUGUGGGCCCCAUGUCUCUGCUGCAGCCAAGGACUCUGUGGAAGGCAUCUGCAGCAAGAUCUACCACAUCUCCCUGGAAUAUGUUAAACGGAUCCGAGAGAAGCACCUGGCCGUCCUCAAGGAAAACAACAUCCCAGAGGAAGUGGAGGCCUCAGAGUUGGAACCCCGCCUGGUAUACUGCUACCCAGUGCGUCUGGCCGUGUCGGCACCCCCCAUGCCUAGUGUGGAGAUGCACGUGGAGAACAGUGUGGUCUGCAUCCGCUAUAAGGGGGAGAUGGUCAAGGUCAGCCGCAGCUACUUCAGCAAACUGUGGCUCCUCUACCGCUAUAGCUGUGUGGAUGACUCUGCCUUUGAAAGGUUCCUGCCUCGAGUCUGGUGUCUUCUCCGCCGAUAUCAGAUGAUGUUUGGCGUGGGCCUCUAUGAGGGGACUGGUCUGCAGGGGUCACUGCCAGUGCACGUCUUCGAGACCCUCCACCGACUCUUUGGUGUCAGUUUCGAGUGCUUUGCCUCACCCCUCAACUGCUACUUCCGUCAGUACUGUUCUGCCUUCCCUGACACAGAUGGCUACUUUGGCUCCCGAGGGCCCUGCCUGGACUUCACCCCGCUGAGUGGUUCCUUUGAGGCCAACCCUCCGUUCUGCGAGGAGCUCAUGGAUGCUAUGGUCUCUCACUUCGAGAAACUGCUAGAGAGCUCAGCAGAACCCUUGUCCUUCAUUGUCUUCAUCCCGGAGUGGCGGGAGCCCCCCACACCAGCGCUCACCAGGAUGGAGCAGAGCCGCUUCAAACGCCACCAGCUGGUCCUGCCUGCCUUUGAACACGAGUACCGUAGUGGCUCCCAGCACAUCUGCAAGAAGGAGGAAAUGCACUACAAGGCCGUCCACAACACGGCAGUGCUCUUCCUGCAGAAUGACCCCGGGUUCGCCAAGUGGGGGCCGACGCCAGAGCGGCUGCAGGAGCUCACCGCUGCCUAUAAGCAGUCGGGCCGCAGCCACGGCUCCAGCUCUUCCUCUUCCUCCUCCGAGGCCAAGGACCGGGACUCAGGCCGGGAACAGGGCCCUAGUCGAGAGCCUCACCCCACUUAACAUAUCCUGCGGGGAGGAGGAGCUCCAGGGGUGCUGUUACAGAAGCUAGGACUCAGUCCUCAGGGCGCUCCCCUGGGGUGGCAGCAGGACUUGAGCUGCCAGGGACAUAGGAAUAUUACGGCUCUGCCAGGGCUCCCCCUCCCUGCUCUCACCCUUGUAAAUAGGCCCGUGCCUCCCCAGCCCCACUGACCCUGUUGCUGCCUCGUUUCAUUUGUAAAAGGAAAUACAGAAACUCCCCAAGA